AUGGCAGAGAAUUCACAACAAUUCAGUUCGAGAGAGGACGUCCCAAUACGUAAGGUGAAUGAGAUAGAGACAUUCUCUAUGCAGCAGCAGCUAACUGCGUUGACCUCGUUUGUUAGGCAACUGGCUGUAGGGAAUGCAUCUCAGGCCAGAGUGUGUGGGAUUUGCACUGGUAUGGAUCACUCUGCAGACAUGUGCCCAAUGCUUCAGGAAGAAACUGCAGAACAGGUGAACAUGACUGGCCACCCGCCCGCGCCAAGAAAGCAGUACGACCCUUACUCAAAUACCCACAACCCCGGGUGGAGAGAUCAUCCCAACCUCAGUUAUGGAGGAAAUAGGCAGCCCAACUUUGCACCGAACAGGCAGUCUAACUUCGUGCCAAAUAAGCAACCAGGGUACCAGCAGCAAUACCAACCUCGACCACCUCCGCCCCAGAGCUCUGGCCCAUCUUUGGAGGAGAUGAUGAAACAAAUGAUGGCAACCAUGACACAAAAUCAGCAAAGGACGGAGGCAACCAUUAUGCAAAAUCAGCAAAGGACGGACUCCGAAAUGCAGGACAUAAGGAAUCAGAUAAGUCAAAUGGCCACAACAAUUAACCGUUUGGAUUCCCAAAACCAAGGUAAAUUGCAGUCUCAGCCCGAAUUAAAUCCGAAGAACGUGAGCGCAAUGACUCUAAGGAGCGGGAAGAAAAUUCAGGGGCCUGAACUUGUGAUCCCUAAGGAUAAGGAUGAGGAAAAGAUUGAAAAUGAGCUUGAGAGGGAGGACAGCAAUGGUGCAGAUCCAAAGGUACUUCCAGACCCAAUAAUUACAGUUAAAACUAACCCACCUCCUUUCCCUAGCAGGUUGGAAAAAUCGAAGAAGCAGGAUAAGGAGAAGAAGAUUUUGGAGAUGUUUCGCAAGGUAGAGAUAAAUAUUCCCCUCUUAGACGCCAUCAAACAAGUACCAAAAUAUGCCAAAUUUCUAAGGGACUUGUGUGUCAACCGAAGGCGAUUGAGAGGAGAUGAAAGGAUCAUUGUUGGGGAGAAUGUGUCAGCGGUCCUGCAGAGGAAGCUUCCACCCAAGUGCGGGGACCCAGGUCCAUUAAAAGAAACUGGAAUAAUCAUUAAAUUAGCUGACCGAACUAAUGCAUAUCCUGAUGGGUUGGUUGAAGAUGUAUUGGUAAAAGUUAAUGAUUUGGUGUUUCCAGCUGAUUUUUAUGUACUUGAUAUGGAUGAUGAUCACUCCCCCGAUCCAUCACCUUUGUUGUUAGGUAGACCCUUUAUGAGUACAGCACAAACAAAAAUUGAUGUUAAUAAGGUGCAGGAAGUGUUUGAAACUGUUGGCAGGGAUGAGUUGAAGGUGGCUUUAACCAAGCACCUCGAGUUGGAGACAACUCCUGAGGUGGAGUGGAGCGAGAAUCUAAAAUGCACAGUAGGUGCAUUACACUCAUUGCCGACCACCACAAAAAGGUAUGAAGUCUUGCCUAUUUUUAUUCCCGAACCUCACCAGAGGGUAUUGCCAUCUGUGGUACAGGCACCUGUUUUGGAAUUGAAGCCCCUACCAGAGCACCUGAAGUAUGCGUAUCUGGGUGACAAUGAGACACUCUCGGUGAUUAUUUCGUCAGCAUUGUCAAAAAUUCAAGAGGAGAAACUGAUCCGGGUCCUUAGAGAGCAUAAAGAGGCGAUAGGUUGGACAAUCGCAGACAUUAAGGGGAUCAGCCCGGCCGUCUGUAUGCACCGGAUUAGACUGGAAGAGGAUGCUAAACCUGUUCGGCAAGCUCAGAGGAGGUUCAACCCCCUCAUGAUGGAAGUUGUAAAGAUAGAGAUUUUAAAAUUGUUAGAUGUGGGGAUCAUUUUUGUAAUAUCAGACAAACCGUGGGUGAGCCCGGUCCAGGUAGUCCCAAAGAAGGCAAGAAUGACGGUAGAAGCUAACCAAAUGGGUGAACUCGUGCCAGUGCGCAAGCCCACUGGAUGGAGGCAAUGUAUAGACUACCGUAGGCUAAACGCCGUCACCAAAAAGGACCAUUUCCCUCUCCCUUUCAUUGACCAAAUGGUUGAACGUUUGUCUUGUAGGGCUUACUAUUGUUUUUUGGAUGGAUUUUUAGGAUACUUUCAGAUAGCAAUUGCCUCAGAGGAUCAAGAGAAGACAACAUUCACGUGCCCGUUCGGGACCUUUGCCUAUAGACGAAUGCCAUUUGGGUUGUGCAAUGCGCCUGCAACGUUCCAGAGGUGUAUGGAUGUAGCUUUCGAGUUUGAUGACAAGUGUGAGAGAGCCUUCGACAAGUUGAAGGAAUUGUUGACCUCACCUCCAAUCAUCCAGCCCCCUGACUGGAAUUUACCAUUUGAGAUCAUGUGCGAUGCCAGUGACCAUGCUGUAGGGGCUGUAUUGGGGCAGCGAGUAGGAAAGGCAGCUUACGUCAUCUAUUAUGCAUCCCACGCCCUGAAUGGAGCCCAGUUGAAUUACUCCACCACUGAGAAGGAGUUUCUUGCAGUUAUUUUUGCUUUAGAAAAAUUCAGGUCAUAUUUGUUAGGUGCUAAAGUGAUUGUAUUUUCUGAUCAUGCAGCAUUGAGAUACCUGAUGACCAAGAAAGAUGCGAAACCGAGACUCAUACGGUGGAUAUUGCUCCUACAGGAAUUUGACCUGGAGAUAAGGGAUAAAAGAGGGUCAGAGAAUUUAGUAGCCGACCAUUUGAGUCGUAUCCCCGUUGGAGAGGAUAGUGAACCAUUGAAGGAUGCAUUCCCUGAAAAGCAUUUAUUUUCUUUAAAUUCUCAAUUGCCUUGGUAUGCUGAUCUGGUCAAUUAUUUGGUAACCGAUAAUUUUCCUGCAGGUUGGCCAAAAUCGAAGAGGGAUAAAUUGAAGAGCGACGUCAAGUAUUUUAUCUGGGAUGACCCGUACCUGUGGAAGAGGUGUGCGGAUCAGGUGAUGAGGAGAUGUGUAAGUGAAAUGCAAUUUCAAUCGAUUUUAGCUUUUUGUCAUACUUUUGCCUGUGGACGUCAUUUUGGACCCAGGAGAACUGCUCAUAAGGUUUUAGAAAGUGGAUUUUAUUGGCUUUCAUUGUUUAAGGAUGCCUAUGUGUUUUGUAAGACAUGUGAUAAAUGUCAGAGGAUAGGCAAUUUAUCCCGAAGGGAUCAACUGCCACAGGUGCCCAUGCUUUUCAUUGAAAUUUUUGAUACUUAG